AUGCAAGUGAGCAGUUCCCCACCCCGCACAUCUAGCUUGUUCAAUGAGACUGAUGACCUUCAGAGUCUGAUCUUUGACGCGUUGGAAAGCACCGGAGCAGGUAAGGGUCUCCACGCUACCGUUGGCUCUCUCCGCACCAGUGGUCGGCGUAAGACCCUCAGCAGAAACAAGACAUUCGAUGGCACUACUAUGCAUACCAGUACCGGUAGUACUGUUUGCAAUAGUAUUCGUAUUCCCUCGCGCAAGCUACGGGGCAGCACAGGAAGCUCCAGUGGUGGGAAUGGUGAAGCUCACUCACCCAUGGCCAAGCGUACUACCGGUAGUAGUAAUAGCAGGCGAGGCCCCAAGUCUCUCUCGCCCAAGCGAGGACAGUCCAUGAGGAACCUGGGUUGUGGCACUGGCCUAGAUAGCCACCAAGUCAUUGACAUGCUAGAGAAAAUGGCAGGAGCAGACGAUGCCUCGGCGGAUGCCUACUUGCAACUCCUCAAGAGUGGCAGCAAGAACUUGGAUGACAGCCAUGGCAGCAGUGCAAAUAUGAAUGGAAGCAGCAAAAGCCGUCGCAACGGGCAAAACUCACCCAAGAGAAUGGCAUCCACCCGAAGACUCCAAGUGGCGGCAUAG